AUGGCCCUCUGCAGCAAGCGCCCCUCCUUGCUCCCCGGCCUGCUCUCGUCCUACGGCCGCUGGCCGCCGCCGGCCCAGGCGGCCGUCGCUGCGUACGCGCGCUCCCUCACGCGCGCGCUCGCCGCGGGGCCGCUGCCGCCCGAGCUCGUGCGGGCCGUGGCCGACCCCGCGCCGGGCGCGCGGCCGCUGCUGCUGGUGAUGCUGCACGCGCUGGCGGACCUAAAAACACCGCCCCCCAAGCUGGUGGCGGCGGCGGUCGACCAUUGGAAGCGAUCGGGAGACGUCGCCCUCGUCGCCCCCUUGGUCGGCGGCAUGCACCGCAGCGACACCCAUAAGCUGCUGCCCCGCCUCUUGGAGCUAGACCCGCCUGAGCUGCGUCGCCUGUACCGCCGCCUCACCGGCUACGCGGCGCCCGACGCGGCCGCCCAGCAGCAGCAGCAGCAGCAGCAGCAGCAGCAGCAGCAGCCGCCGCACUUUGGGGCCGCGGAGCUGCUCGUGCGGCUGCACGCGCUCACGCCGGCGCGGGACGGCGUGAGCAACCGGCGGCUGAUUGCGGCGAUAGAGACGGCGCUGCACUCGCCAGAGGUCUUCAAGCAGGAGGUCGUCGCCGCGGCGCUGCAGCAGCUUGAGGGCCAGUCCCCGCUGCCGCACCUGUUCAUGCGCACGGUCAUCGUGGCGCUUGCAACGCACCCCAAGCUAAUGGCGUCUAUUCUCGGCCUCCUCACAAACAUGAUCAACAGAGAGGUCUGGGAGGGGCCCCAGUGGAAGGGCUUCCUCAUGGCCAUCGCCAAGGCGGCACCUUACUCAUACGACGUCCUGCUGCAGCUGCCCGCCCACGCCUUGGACAAGGCCCUGUCCGGCUCAACCUCGGACCACUGGCCGAAGCUGGCCGCCCACGUGGCCAGCAGGGGCGUGAAGGUGCCGAUCUUCCAGCCCGUGAGAGACGUGGUUUCGCGGUACGCGCAGCGGGCGCAGGACGAGCUGCGGGCCAAGCUGGCAGCCGCAGAGGCGGCGAAGAAAGCAAAAGAGGACGAGCGGCAGAAAGCAGCGGCGGCGGCGGCAGCGGCGGCGGCCGCGGAGGGGGGCGGCGACGCAGCCGAGGCGGCCUCUGCGGAGCAGCCGCAGGGCGCAGCAGGAGCGGCGGAAGAAGGCGGGGACGAAGAUUGGACGCUGGAAGAGGAUGACUGA